AUGGGAGGUUCGACUCGCCAGAUGCAAGACCAACGACAGGGUACUUCUGGUGCCCACCGGUCUAACAGAGUGUAUCCGCAUGCCUUGGUCAUCCCUCGUCGGCCUGCUCAUAAACCAGAUGAUCGCUGUGAAGGGGGUAUGGUGUAUAGGACUGCGCCCAUCAAGCAUCAGUAA